GCAUCCUGCGGCGGUCAUCGACCCUGCAGCGGUGGUCGGCGAAGGGUGCCGGAUCGAGGCCGGCGCCGUCAUCGAGGCCGGCGCGCGCCUCGGCGCUCGCUGCCUGAUCGGGGCCAACGUCACCAUCGGGACUGCGGUCGAGAUCGGCGAAGAUACGCGGAUCGCGGCCGGCGCCUCGCUCAGCCACUGCAUCGUGGGCGCACGGGUGUCGAUCUUUCCCGGCGUGCGGAUCGGCCAGGAGGGCUUCGGCUUCGCCGUCGACAAGAGCGGCCACGUGAGGGUUCCCCAGCUUGGCCGCGUCCUGAUCGAGGACGAUGUGGAGAUCGGUGCCAACACCACCAUCGACCGCGGAGCCGGCCCCGAUACCGUGAUCGGCCAAGGCUGCUGCAUCGACAAUCUGGUGCAAAUCGCCCACAACGUGCGCAUCGGGCGCGGCACCAUGAUCGCGGCGCAAUCCGGCGUCGCGGGCAGCGCCAGAAUCGGCGACUUCGUGCAAAUUGCCGGACAAGUAGGGGUGUUGGGCCACCUCACGGUUGGCGACGGUGUGCAGCUUGUCGGCCAGAGCGGCAUAAUCCGCGACAUCGAGCCGGGCGAGACCUACGCCGGCACGCCCGCCGUGCCGAUCCGGCAAUGGCACCGUCAAACCGCACAGUUGGCGCGACUGGCAAGAGGCAGAGCGUCCCCGGAAUGAACGAGACGACACCGAAGAAGACGGUGGAGCGCAUGAACAUCGAGGAUAUCCUCGAGGCGAUCCCCCACCGUUACCCCUUCCUCAUGAUCGACCGGGUCAUCGACGUGAUCCCGGACGAGAGCGCCAUCGGAAUCAAGAACGUAUCGAUCAACGAAUCAUACUUUCACGGCCACUUCCCGCGCCGGCCGGUGAUGCCGGGCGUGCUGAUCAUCGAAUCGAUGGCACAGAGUGCUGCCGUGCUCGUGGUGGCGACCCUUGGCCCGGCGAUGGCGGGCAAGCUCGUGUACUUCAUGUCGAUCGACGAUUGCCGCUUCCGACGGCCCGUGGUGCCGGGCGAUCAGCUUUUCGUCCAUGUGACCAAGAAGCACCGCCGCCGGAACGUGUGGAAGUUCGAGGCCAGAGCUGCAGUGGACGACCAGACGGUCGCGGAAGCGACAUACUCGGCGAUGAUCCUGGACGACAGCUGA